AUGCAGUACAAAGGAUAUCUAGCGAGCAACGAAAACCCACCGUCCUUCACGUUGAAGGGAAAAGGAAAGUUAAUUUCAACCUCGUCGCUGAGUGUCAACGAGCUUAAUAAAGCGGAAUUAUUUUGGCUGUCGUACGUACAAAAGAGGACUUUUGAAUUCGAAAUCAAAGUACUAAAGAAAGGCAACGCAGUUUCAAAAAAAAGUUCACUUAGAACUUUAACUCCAUUUGUUGGCAAAGAUGCAGUACUCCGCCUUGGCAGGCGGUUGAAAAAUGCUGCUUUCACUUACGAAGAGCAACAUCCUAUUUUAGUACCGCGAGGACAAGUCUCGUACCUUUUAAUCGCUCAGGCUCAUAAACACACUCUCCACGGUGGAGUUCAAUUAGUGUUGCGUACACUCCGACAAAGAUAUUGGUUGCUAGGAGGUCGAAAUUUAGUGAAAAAUCAUAUAAGGCAAUGCGUCUCGUGUAUACGUUAUUCAGCCAGAGUAUCGAGUCAGCUGAUGGGGGAUUUGCCUUCUCCUCGCGUGCAACCGUCGUCACCGUUUACGCAUACGGGUGUGGACUACGCUGGUCCUUUUUUUAUUACGCCUUUCGUUGGAAGAGGACAAAGGACACGAAAAGGUUACGUGGCCCUUUUCGUUUGUCUCGCUACCAAGGCGAUCCACGUGGAGCUAGUGAAGAAUUGCUCCAGUGCUGGAUUUCUUGCUGCCUUUCGGCGAUUCACGAGCCGACGAGGCUUACCGUGUAAGUUAUAUUCUGAUAACGGGACUAACUUUCACAGCGCUAAAAAGAAAUUAAACAGCGAUAUUGAGGCGCUCAUGAAAGAUUUGUCUCUACGCGACGUUCUUGCUAACAAUAAAAUUGAGUGGCAUUUUAUCCCGUCCGCAGCUCCUCAUUUCGGAGGACUUUGGGAAGCGGGCGUGAAGAGCCUCAAAUCGCAUCUAAAGCGGAUAGCCGGUUCACGUACCCUGUCGCAGGCUGAAUUCGCUACGCUCCUAUGCCAGAUAGAGGCAUGUUUGAACUCCCGACCGAUUGCGGCUCUUAGCGACGACCCGAGCGAUCUGUCCGCGCUCACUCCGGGUCAUUUUUUAAUAGGCUGA